GUGUGCUGCUUUUAAUUGUAACAGUAAGAAUGGAAGCAAAGACGAAGACAGAAACAAUAUUACAUGUCACAGGUUUCCCCUUACAGAUGAUUUUAUAAAUCGGAAAUGGAUAGCUGCUACUCGGAGAGAGAACUUCCAACCGACAGCAGAUCAUUUGCUGUGCUCUCUUCAUUUUGAAGAGAAUUGUUACAUGGAAAAUUAUGUAAAUAGACGUCAACUGAAGGACGAUGCUAUACCGGCAGUAUUUGAAUUUGCAACUCAUUUGAAAAAGGUUACCAAGGCAAGGAAACCUCGAAAGCCAAAGCCAAGAAAUGUUGAGACAGCAGAAAACGUGUGUGUGGAUGUGCACGUUUCUGGUUACACUGGAGACCACAAUUAUUCAUUUCCAUCAAGUCCAAGUAUGCUGAUGCUGGCCAAGACGACAACGCCCUACCGCUGCAGCCGCCGGGUGAAAACGCCUCGCAACGUCAAAGGUGUCACCAACAAAUACAAAGGAACAAUCACAACUGGAGAAGCCACAAUCCCUAUCUGUAGAUUUAACUGCUGUCGACGAUCUCAACGAGACCACGCCAAGCACAUCACAAAUUCCAGCAGAAACUGAGACACCCAGGGCAGUACUAAAACGAAAACUGCCUGCAACUCCAUCGCAGCCUUCAUCAUCAAAAAUCAGCGAAAAAGUUCUGCUCGACUCCAAAAUCGUUUUUUUUUUCAUGUGCGACUGAGAAAUUACAAGCUAUUUCAAAUCGUGCUGCAGUAAUGAACCAGGAGGACUCCUACGACUAUUCCGAAAAGCAUGUUGCGUCAAUGCUACGCAGUAUUGGGCCUCCAGUUGCCAUGAGGCUUCAAGAGUCAAUUACGUCACAAAUAACAAAUGAAGAGCACAAGGAAAAAAUGAUGAUAGUCACUUUUUUGUAACUUUUCAGGACGACGAAUUUUCUGCUCUAGUCUCUUGUAUAUCAUAAACGUUCACCGUAUA